AGUAACACCUAUGUUUGUUACAGGGAGAGGCGCCAUGGACACGGAAGACACGGGGUCCGGAAAAGAAGACGAGCCAGAACAGGAAGUCAACUCGGAGCAGGAGGAAGAGGAGGGUGCGGGACCUUCUACUUCUGCAGGAUCAAAUUCUCAGAGUUCCAACCGCCAAAUGCGGAACAUGGCGGAGAAGAUGCGGCGGGACAAGCUAAACUUCUUCAUCAAUGAGCUGUCGACCCUCGUGCCCAUCAUCAGCUUCUCCCCCAAGAAACUGGACAAAACCAGCAUCCUUAGACUUGCAGCGACUUACAUCCGUUUACACAAUGUAAUAUUUGGCUCGGUGCGGGGCGAAAGCAGACGAUCCCCGUCCACGAUCAGACAGACGAUGGAGUAUCUACCGCAGUAUCUCGCGUCGUUUAACUGGUCCGAGAAUGUUCUCGAGGAGAUGGAUGGCAUGCUGAUGAUUGUCAAUGGAGCUGGACGCAUUAUCUUCAUCUCUCACACCAUUGAGAAGCUCCUUGGUCAUACUCAGAUAGAGCUCAUGGGUCAAUCUCUGUAUAACUUGACUUGCCUUGAAGACUACGAUGAGCUGAAGCGUAACUUGACUCCUGAGGAAGACUUAACUGCUACAGGAUCAACAGCACCUGACGAUAGCAGCUCUGACUCGUCUAAUGGGACUACCACACCGCCUCCACGUCUGCCUUCUCUGCCAUUCCACUUGGACGUGGAGGGUGGGGACCAGCGUCUACGUCGGUCCUUCUACAUCAGACUGCGACAACGCGCACAGUCCCCCCGCGGUGACCAGCCGCAUUAUGAGCUUGUACACAUCAUGGGUCACCUGCGCGUCCCACCCCGUCGUCCGCAACCCUCCACAUCCCGUAGGCCAAGUAUAAUACAACAGCUUUUAUUAGUUUAUAAGUUAUGUAUGUAUAGUUUUUUUUUAUCCUUAUUGGGUGAAAAUAUAAAAGGGGUAAUUAUGUUAAACUAGAUAUCUUGCUAUUGGCUUAUUAAGACAAGGCUACCGAGUGUGUGUGUGUUUUUAGCACUGGAGGUAAUGUCACACACUACUACUUUUUAUGUAGAUCAGUCUACACUUAACAGCAAUAAUUAACAGUAGAACUUGCCGUACAGUGCAAUGUUUGGGAUUCCGUAAUUAAAUUUUUAUCAAUUUAAUAUUGGGAAAAAAAUUAGUAUGUCAGUUCUGAAAUUUUGUGAGCGUGAGCCGUUGAAGCCACACGCUCACAUCAUGAGUGUCUUCCUUCAAACUCCCUUUAAAGCUCUCCUUAAAACUAAUCUUCAUAAAGGAAUUAUCCUCCUCUCCAAUAACAUCUAAAUUAAUUUAACAAGAGCAGCUAAUUUGCUAUCUCUACAACAAAAAUUUAACUAUCUUAACAAAAGCAGUACAGUCAACUAUAAAUUGGCUCUUAUUGAUUUUGUAAAUGACAGUAAAAAUGCCUUUAAAACUGUAGAAACUGGGUUUUAAGCUGCCUCAAAGACCUCUCUAAUAUAUUUGACUAAUACAUUAAAAUUCUCAUCUGCAAGCUGUAGUCUAUUUUGUUUGAGACAAGGCCUUGCACUGGAUGAUAUCAAAUCUGACUGAAAGAUACCAGUUGUCAGAAAUCUAAUACAAUUUUAAAUUAAACCAAUUAGAUCCAUCUUCAUUAAAAUUGGUCAGUAGUAAAGUACCCCAAGGGCUAGUAUUUGGACCUCUUCUUUUCCUGGUCUAUAUCAGUGAUAUAUAACUAAGACAGUUGCUACUCAACCGAAAUCUUUAUUGAUGCAGUAAACAGCUUCAACUUAUAUUUAGACAAAACUCUGAGUUUGUCCGCAAGCAUAAAAAUGGAAAAAAUUUCAAAUUUUCAAAAGCUCUCAUACUGAUUAUUGGUGAAGAUUGAUUUAAUAAUGAAACUUCCCAUUCUUUUGAUAGCCUAGUAUGAUUUGUCCGUGCCUUUACAGCAGUCCUGGAACUACUAGCAGUAACACUUAUGUCAAUCAUCAGAUUAAUUUAAAACAAAGUCCAGUCAGAGAUAUAGAACGCACUUGUUUUUCAGUAAAUAAUCUGUUUUAGUGUGGAAAGAAUUCUGUAUAGUGAGAAUCCUAUUUGAUAUAUAAUAAAAAUAAUAACACUAGUAUAUUUUAAACACAGAUUGUAUUCCAUUUAUAUGUUGUAAUUUCUAAUUAUUUUUUUGUAGAGCAUAUUGUUUGCUAUGGUUUGCUAUAACAGUUCCAUAUAAUAUUAAUAUUGAUGCUGAGAGUAGCAGCGAUAUCAUCUACAAGCAAAGGUUGAGUUACUCAGGAUAUGAUGGAGAUAAUAAUAAAACCUCCAUAUGUUUGAUAUAUUAAACUACUUCAAUAAUAAGUCGUGAAGUAAGAUAUCGUACAGUCAUUUAGAUCUUCCCAAAUAUUAAUAAUGAAUAUAAUAGCAUUUCUUUAAAGCAUUUCUCACUGCGACUCUAUAGUGAGAGAUCUUAAGUACUCUCAGUCUGAUUCCACGUUGUACAGUGUCUGUCUAUCGCAGUCAACAUGUUACACCAAGUGAUGUAUACUAUUUGUAUAUUUCUUGGACUUUUGAUCUAUGUGUACUUAAAAGUUUGCACAUGGACUCGGCUACUACACAGAACCCACUGUAUGUAGCCUAUAUUGUGUUUUAAUUAAUUAGAAAAUGGCCUAAUCUUGUAAUUUUGCCAUGAAUUUGUAUUACAUCAAUGGAUUUAAGAAUAUUAUAACUAUUCCUUAAAAGCAGGUUGCUCUAUAGAUUAUAUUUUAAUGGCAUAAGCAUACUACUUAUAGUAUUAUAUGAUUUAAUUUAUUACAAUUAUAUUUCUUAUAUCUCAGCAUUAAAAUGCUGAUGAAAAUUACACUUAAGUUUGUUUUUACAAAAAAUCAUUCAUUUCCAAAUUUCUAUUUUUGGUUAUAUAUAAGUUAUAAGUAUUUCAUAUAAACUUCAAAAUGUUUCAGGAUUUUAUUUAUUUUGUCAAACUCACAAAACCUUUUACCAGCAGGGAAUAUAUUUGCUAUCCUGAAAACAUGAACUGUAAUGUCAAAUAACUGUUCAUCCAAAUACACAAUCUGUUGACAAGUGCAUAUUUACUUCUAUCGAUUAACAAAUAUUGAUAAACUGCUUAAAAUACAUUUCUUAAUACUAGUACUAGUUUUAGAAAACAUUGUUUAUUUAUUGUGUUGUAGCUUCAAUAUAAUAACAUUUAAAAUAAUGUUUAUUUUAUUGUUUGAAACUCUUUUUUUUAUUACCUAUUCCACUAUUUUAC